AGUAGAGGCAGGGUCUUGAUCUUUCUCGGUAGUGUCCUUUGAAACACAAAAGUUUUUCAAUUUUGAUGAAAUUCAAUUUAUCUUUUUUCCAUUUAUUGCCUCUUGAGCCUGUUUUCAACCAUAGCUGACCUCAAAGCUGGAGCUCAUCACUCUCCAUGCUUGCUGACUCUAUGGAGAGAGAAGCAGUUAGAAUUUCGUGGUUAAGGUGUUUGCAUUUGUGGUGUGUAGGUCUGUGCAUGUCUACAGCCUCAACAGCCUGCCUCCAAAAAAAUAAAAGAAUUUUGCAGUUAUGAGCACAGACCCUACAGCUGCACUGCCAGCCUUCACAUCUCAGCUUAUUGAGCUGUGACCUUAGCCAGUAUCUACUUACUAGGCUUGUUCCGAGGUGCAGAUAUGUAAAUUCAUGUAAAGUGCUUACAACAGUGCCUAAGCUGUAUAAACAGUAUAAUUUGUAUAACAGACUACAUUUAUACAAUUUUCGUAUGUUUGGUAUUGUAUAAAUGUCUGCUGUAAUUACUGUGGCACUUGUUAUGAUACCGGCUGUAGCAUUGUGUUUGUUGUUGCACGAUUCUUUUUUGUAGUGUUACUGCCAUCCAUGCUGUACUCUGAACUUGGAAGGUGAGUAUAGUUCCACCCAUUGGACAGAUGAGGCCACUAAAGGCCCCAGACAGUAUGCCCAGCACAUGACCCCUCCCAUUCAUGAUACCCCUGAUGGUUAUGCCCAUUUCUUGCCCCAGCAGGUUGGGGGCGCCCGCCCCCCACUAGGCCAAGUGGAGGGGGUCCCUCCGCCCAAUGGGCCUGGCCAGGGCCCUACGCCGCCUUAGCGGCGCCCUGGAGUCAGGGGACAGUCGGGCAGGUGAUGAUGAGGAGGCUGGCCCCGGGCUCUGCCGCAACGGGUGGGUUCCAGUGUUAUCACCAGUGGGCCGGCGCCGCGGACGCUUCGUCAAGAAGGACGGGCACUGCAACGUGCGCUUCGUGAACCUGGGCGGCCAGGGCGCACGCUACCUGAGCGACCUGUUCACCACAUGCGUUGAUGUGCGCUGGCGUUGGAUGUGCCUGCUCUUCUCCUGCUCCUUCCUCGCCUCCUGGCUGCUCUUUGGCCUAGCAUUUUGGCUCAUCGCCUCGCUGCACGGUGACCUGGCUGCCCCACCGCCACCUGCGCCCUGCUUCUCCCAGGUAGCCAGCUUCCUGGCCGCCUUUCUCUUCGCACUAGAGACACAGACGUCCAUUGGCUAUGGUGUGCGCAGCGUCACGGAGGAGUGCCCAGCCGCCGUGGCUGCUGUGGUGCUGCAAUGCAUCGCAGGCUGUGUGCUUGACGCUUUCGUCGUGGGCGCUGUCAUGGCCAAGAUGGCCAAGCCCAAGAAGCGCAAUGAGACACUUGUCUUCAGCGAGAACGCUGUGGUGGCGCUGCGAGACCACCGCCUCUGCCUCAUGUGGCGCGUCGGCAACCUGCGCCGCAGCCACCUGGUCGAGGCCCAUGUACGGGCCCAACUGCUGCAGCCCCGAGUGACCCCAGAGGGUGAAUACAUCCCACUUGACCACCAGGACGUUGAUGUGGGCUUUGAUGGAGGUACUGAUCGAAUCUUCCUUGUGUCUCCUAUCACCAUCGUGCAUGAGAUUGACUCUUCUAGUCCUCUGUAUGAGCUAGGACGUGCUGAGCUGGCCCGGGCCGACUUUGAGCUGGUGGUCAUUCUUGAGGGAAUGGUCGAAGCCACUGCCAUGACCACACAAUGUCGCUCAUCCUACCUCCCUGGUGAGCUGCUCUGGGGCCAUCGUUUCGAGCCAGUCCUCUUCCAGCGUGGCUCCCAGUAUGAGGUCGAUUAUCGUCACUUUCAUCGCACUUACGAGGUCCCAGGGACACCUGUCUGCAGCGCCAAGGAGCUGGACGAACGGGCAGAGCGGGCCUCCAACAGCCCCAAAUCUAGCUUCCCUGGCUCUCUGGCUGCAUUUUGUUAUGAAAAUGAACUUGCUCUGAGCUGCUGCCAAGAGGAAGAUGAGGAAGAGGAGGCCAAGGAGGGGAAUGGGAUGGAGACAGAAGAUGGGGCUGCCAACCCCCGAGUUCUCACACCAACUUUGGCACUGACCCUGCCCCCAUGAUGCAAGGCUGAUAUCCCCUUCCCUGUUUGUAUCCCCUCCCAGAGGUAGCAAGAUGGAGAGAUGGACCCCUCUCCUGGGAUGAGGGUGGGUGUUUCCCAAGACCAAAAUGCCUGCUGGGUAAAGAAUGAGCUGGUGAGAUUCUGCCAUGACUGGUGGACUCACCACAGACUGGACCUUAAUUCCUCUGUUUCUGUGCUUCUUCCUGAGACCCCUUUAUCAGCCCAAUUGCUGAGUCCCACCAGAGCUGAGAGAUCCAGAAUUCUGGACCACCCAAGAGGCAAAGACUGGUGGUUCUACAUUCUUCUGCUUGAUUGGGCCUGUGUUAAGCAGGGUCAGAAAUCAGUGGUAUAUAUCACCUCCAGUGAAGAAAGUCAGCAGUCUUUGAACAGUAUCAAAGAUCAAGAGUUUGUAGAUCUGGAUUCACCUGAGAUUCAAGGGACUAUUGCUUCUUUAUUCAGCCAACAAAGUUGCAAAUCAUUUGUUCUAGACCACCUAAGGAGGGAAGGUUGUGGAAUGCCCCAAGUAUUCAAGACCAUCUUGAUUGACCAAAGA